AUGAGCAGGAAGCCCUGGUUCUUGUUGUCUUUAUUUCUCAUAGGUGUGGGCAAGAGCAGCUUGCUGUUGCGUUUUGCAGAUAACACGUUCUCAGGCAGCUACAUUACCACAAUUGGAGUGGAUUUUAAAAUCCGGACAGUUGAGAUCAAUGGAGAGAAAGUGAAGCUACAGAUCUGGGACACAGCUGGACAGGAGCGCUUCCGAACUAUCACAUCAACGUAUUACAGAGGAACACAUGGAGUCAUUGUUGUCUAUGAUGUAACCAGUGCAGAAUCUUUUGUGAAUGUAAAACGGUGGUUGCAUGAAAUUAAUCAAAAUUGUGAUGAUGUCUGCCGGAUACUAGUGGGGAAUAAGAAUGAUGACCCAGAGAGAAAAGUAGUAGAAACAGAAGAUGCCUAUAAAUUUGCUGGGCAGAUGGAGAUCCAAUUGUUUGAGACCAGCGCCAAAGAAAAUAUUAAUGUGGAAGAGAUGUUUAAUUGCAUUACAGAGCUAGUUCUGCGAGCAAAGAAAGAAAACUUAGCAAAGCAGCAACAGCAGCAACAGAAUGAUGUGGUGAAGCUAACGAAGAACAGUAAAAGGAAGAAGCGGUGCUGCUAAUGCCCUUCCCCUGCUGCAGAGACUCUGCUCUGACAGAUCAGCCCUUCCAGCUAGACUCGGGCAAUUCCACUGGGACAGGCUUUGGGAGGACUUUCUCAGUUUUGUGCCGUUAUUUAAAGAUUAUUUUUUUUCUCCAUGUUUUCUAUCAAGAGGCGCUGGCACCUUACCACUUCAGUGCCAAGAAAGUAUCGGAUGGAAUCUUGCCCCUCUCUCCUCCCCUGCUCGUUCCAGUGCGCCUUGUAGACAAGAAAGGACGUUGCCUACCAAGUGGACUAAUUAACCCAAGAGUUUGUAUAUAAUGUAUAUUGCGUUAACCAGCCUCGCCUCCCUGUUGUUGCUUUGGCUUAUGCCUUCUUAAUGUCAACCAAUCAUGGACUGCAGAGUUCACCUUUUUAAUGAAAUAGUACCAAGUUCUUAAUUCAAGUUGGCCUCAGGCUGGCAGCAACUGCUUCCUGGGGCCUCCGGCUUCACUUCUGUUGGGCUCCAGGCUGGCAACUGGUGCCCCUGGGGCCUAUGGCUUCACUUAGAGUUCCAGGCUUUUACUUGGGGCUCUGGCUUUCUUUUUCUAGGUACCGGGAUUGCAGGUGUUGUUGCUGAAGCCUAGGGUUUCACUUCUCAAGCCCCUGGGCUGGCAGCUGGUGCUGCUGCUGGGGCCUUGAAUUUCAGUUUGCCAUGAUCCGGGUUUUUGGCUGGGUCCUUGGGUUUCAUCUUCAUGUGCUGCAGCCCAGCUGUACCCAUGCUCUCCUUCCAUUUGUAUCAAAAAAACAAAACAAAAAAACCAGCCUGCAGAAGUGGGAUUUAUUUGGAUAAUUUUUUUUUUUUAAGGGUGAAAUUAAACUCCUUUGACUUCUGGUUCUGCCAUGGUCCUAAAUGAGGGUCCAUUUCUUUUGAGAACAAAAAUCAUGUCGUUCUGCCAAAAAAAACCAAUCAACAAUACCCCUUUCUCCUCAUUGUCCCAUCAACAAAUGGGAGAUCUGAACGUGAAUGUGAAUUUUGG